AAGAAACAUGGAAUUUAUUAGAUUUUUUUGCUAUAUUAUUUUAUAUUAUUGGUGUUAUUACACGAUGCUUUGUUACUGAAAGAGCAUUUACAGUUUCAAAGUAUUUAAGAAAUUAGAGAAUUAUGAGAAUGUUAUACAUUUCUUUCAUGCUUGUAUUUUCUCUAGAAUUUGUAUGUGUAUCGAUUUACCUUUAUGGUAUAUUCGAAUGUUACACGUAUUUGCUGCUUUUGAACGACUUGGACCAAAAUUGUUAAUGAUAUUUCAUACAGUACGCUAUCCAAAUUCAAAUAUAAAAUUUAUCACUAUGACUAUUUUAUUUUAUUCAAUCAGUUCAUAUGCAAUGAUAACAACUGAACAACAAGUUAUUUGGUUAGAUAACAACAAUGGUAGUCCCAAUUAUUCCUUGUUAAAAGAUGGUUCAGGAUUAUGGGAUUGGAGCUUAUUACGAAACGUUAUUGAUUGGGGAAUGUGGAAAAUAUUUGGACAAGUGAAUUUUUUUGAUUAUCAACUGGCAAACAGUGCAACAUUAAACAGUAAAGUUUGA